AUGGCGGAGGCGCAACUCAUGGAGGAGGAGUUGCAGCAAAGAGCCAUGCAGUCGGACCAUAAUGCUGAUCAAGCGCACGACAGCGUCGACGGUGACGUGGAGAUGGGCGACGAAAGCGCGUUCGCGUCGCAAAGUCACAUUGAUGUUGGGCUUGGGUCCACGGAUGACGAUGGGGACGAGGAUAUGGAUGAAGAUGAGGGAAACGAGGAAGAGUAUGACGAGGAGGAUGCACACGGCGAGGAUGACUCAGAACAUAGCGACUCUGAUGCUUCUGGGGAGGACGAGGAUGGCGAUAAUUUUGAUGAGGAUGCCGAAGGCGAAGACGACGAGGAGCUAGAUAACGACGCUCACCACCCACGUCACCGAUCUGACAGCAUGGUCGAUGCUCCCGAUGGCGAGGAAGAAGAGGAUGAAGAGGACGAAGAUGAAGGCGUUGGUGCAGUCAAAAUUCGGCCCGGCGAGACCGACGAUGAGGAUGACAGCGGCGAGGAGUCGGCGAGUUUAGCCAGCGUCAGCGAGGCGGAAUCUGAGGGCGAGGCGGAAUGGGAUGCUGCCGACAAUGAUGAUGCUGAGGACGACGAGCUUGAAAAUGCCGCUGGCCAUUGCAUAUUUUGCAAACGAGACGAAGAAAACGACCCAGGCGAUGAGUUUGAAGCAUUCUUGGCUUGCAGGAAAUGCGGUGAUAAUGGCUCCGACGCUUGGACGUGUCCUCGAUGCGCUGAUGAUUCUGACUCGGAUGUCGUUGGCGACUUAGAAGUCGACAUGAAUGGGAUAAACGACGAAGACGUUGGCCCGGCUACCCGUCGCUCCACGGCGCCAAAAGCCGCCCGGGACCUCCUCUCCUCCCAUACAAGUCCCACCAACCCCGACUCCCAUCUGUCCAACAACUCCAUUCACGACGAAGACCCUACGGAUGGAUCUCGUGUGCUCAGGAAACGCAAGUCAUCUUCUGUGGAAGCGGAUGAGAGCAUCAUGGCCCUCCACAAGCGGCUCAGGAAUACCGAUGGUGACCAGAGUAACGACGAAGCAGCGACAACGCAAGAAAGCUCCUCAAGACCAGUCUCGCGGUCCCUGCGUCUAAAGUUAACCACAACACAACCUGCGUCCAUCGUGAAGAGAACCCGUAACAGCAUAUUGAUGAGGUUACGAGUCAACUCUUCUGAGCUCCGCCAAAUCUUAUCCCGAAGACCAAAAGGGCCGAAGAAACGCUCCCAUCGGCCCCGAAGGCGAGCAUCGAGGAGCGAAUCAACGCGCGUCGUACCUUUGCCCUUGAGCGCGAUCGCGACACCGUUUACACCCAGUGCCUACUCACAGCCGUUCUACUCGUUUUACGAUAAGGAGACUGACGAGCUGAAGGGCAAGCCAUACGGCGGGAUCCUGACCGAAGGGGAGGCUGACACCUCAAAAACGAUGCCGGGCACAGAUGAUCGACGGCGCUUCGAUGAAGCCAAGCAAAAAGCGGAGGAGGAGUGGCGGCAACGAUUGCUCACAAUGCAGGCCGAAGUUGAAGCUCCCACCAAAAAGUCCAAGAAGGCGUCCGGCCCGGCCAGUCAAAUCGAAUGCAUCGAAUUCGGCGGCUGGGAGAUCGAUACCUGGUACGCGGCUCCAUACCCAGAGGAGUAUAGCAGGAACCGUGUGCUGUAUAUCUGCGAGUUCUGCCUCAAGUACAUGAACUCGGACUAUGUGGCUUGGCGGCACAAACUCAAGUGCCCUGCCAAGCAUCCUCCAGGAGACGAGAUUUACAGACAUGGUUCCGUAUCUGUCUUUGAGGUGGACGGCCGCAAGAACCCUGUUUACUGCCAGAACCUCUGUCUUCUGGCUAAGCUUUUUCUGGGAUCCAAAACACUCUACUACGACGUUGAGCCGUUCCUGUUCUACGUUUUAUGCGAGUAUGACGAUAUGGGCUACCACUUUGUCGGGUACUUCUCGAAGGAGAAACGUGCAAGCAGUCAAAACAACGUAUCUUGCAUCCUCACACUCCCCAUUCAUCAACGCAAAGGAUACGGUAAUCUGCUGAUCGACUUUUCCUACCUUCUCACCCGGGUGGAGAAGAAGACGGGAUCUCCAGAAAAGCCUCUUUCGGACAUGGGGUUGGUUUCAUAUCGCAACUACUGGCGGCUGAUAAUGUGCCGAUACCUCUUGCGCCAAUCCUCCGAGGAACGAUCCGGGAAGACCGGCCUCAGCAUCAAGAAGAUCUCCGACGACACAGGCCUGACACCUGACGACGUGAUAUCCGCGCUCGAAGGGCUCAGGUGCUUGGUCCGCGACCCGCAAACCCAGCUCUACGCUUUCCGCGUGGACUUCCAGUACUGUCGUGAAUACGUCGCAAAAUGGGAGGCAAAGAAGUACGUGCAGCUCAACGAGAGAGCCUUGACGUGGACGCCAUACGUUAUGGGCAGGAGCAACGCAACAAAUUUCGAGUUGGGCCCGGCUUUAAAUGCUAUUGCCCCGAGGGAAGAAGACGAGGAAACAAAACCAGUCGUCCCGCCAGAAGCGUCCCACGUCAACGGAGCGGAUCCCACGGGUCAGCCCGACACCCCCGCCGAGGAAAAGACCUCUCCCGAAGUUGAAGUGAUGAAGUCCACCGAGCCUGAUGAUGGCAACGAGAUGACCGACCCCGUCGAGACAACGGGCACCAAUACCGACGGCCUCACCAACGGGGUGGCUGAAUCGGCCGGUAGUCUCGCCGAUGCGGAAGACACGAAAAUGUCACCCAACCCCCAAUCCAACUCGGAAUCGGCGAAACCAACGGAAAAGAGUUGGAUUGACCAAUACAAAGACGUCCCCGCGACGCGAUUCGAAGUCGUGCCGCCCGUCAACGGCCGCCGAACCGACCGCACCCGCAGUAUCAUCCCCCGACCACCUCCAGUCCGCACCGCCAGCAGUGUGCCGCGACCCCCCAAGCCCCGACGCCCCACCAGCACCCGUCGGUCCACCGCUUCGUCCUCUCGGGCCAGGACCAGCACAAGUAGCAACAAGCGCAAGCCGGGCGGCACUGGCCGUGGACCGGGCCGGUGGCCAAAGGGCACGAAGAAGAGCGAUUAUGGGAACGCCGCUAGUGGCCCGGGCCUUCCCCCGGCGUGGAUCGCUGAGCGUGCCAGGCUCGCGGCCCUCUCGUCCUCGAACAAGAAAGAGGGUAGAGAGGGCAUUGAUGUUAUGGACACCGUGCAGGUGCAGUCCCCCGGGCUACGGGAUGGGUCAAAGGGCUUGGGGUCCAGUGUUGAGAAGGAGAAUGCGGACGUGGAAAUGCAGGAUGCGGAAGGAGACGUUGACGCGUGA